AUGGGUUCCACGACAGAUACAUCGUUCAGUCUGACUGUCUACCGCGGCACGUUCAUUCAAUUGCCUCGUUUGUCUGAUGCCGGUCCUAAGCCUGAACUUGUUCGGAAUCAGGGUGCUUUAUGGGUUUCUGCUGCGGAUGGCCGGAUCAAGGGCUGGGACUGGGCGGCUCAUGAUGAUACUGGCUUUGCCGGAUUGAUGACCCGGAAUGGAUGGAUUGAUGUUGAUUCUGAUCUGAACGGCCAAGAAUCCAAAAUCACGGUGAAGAUUGUUACUGCGAGUGAAGAGAGGAAUGAAUUCUUCUUCCCGGGUUUCAUUGACACACACAUCCACGCCCCCCAAUAUCCAAACGCAGGCCUCUUCGGCUCCUCAACCCUGCUAGACUGGCUAGAAACCUACACCUUCCCCGUGGAAUCCGGAUUCGGCACCCAGCCCGACAAUGAAAAAGGCCACCAACUAGCAACAAAAGCAACCGAAACCCCCCUCCCAGCCCAAACAAUCUACAACCAAGUAAUAAGCCGCACACUGGCGCACGGCACAACAUGCGCAUCCUACUUCGCAACAAUCCACAUCCCAGCAACAAACGCCCUAGCAAGCCUCUGCAAGAAACACGGGCAGCGAGCCUUCAUAGGCCGAGUCUGCAUGGACAACCCAGACUUCUGUCCCAAAUACUACCGUGAUACCUCAGCAGAGGAUUCACUAUCCGCAACGAAAGCCACAAUCGCACACAUCAACGCAAUCGACCCAACAGGUUCCCUCAUUAACCCGAUUCUAACACCCCGCUUUGCGCCAUCUUGUACGCGCCCUUCUCUUGAAGCACUGGGUAAACUUGCCGCCUCAUACUCCCCACCCCUCCACAUUCAAACCCAUAUCGCGGAAAAUACAAACGAAAUCACUCUCGUCAACGACCUCUUCCCUGAAGCCGGGAGUUAUACAGCCGUCUAUGAUAAAUAUGAUCUGCUUACGCCGCGGACUAUCCUUGCUCAUGCUGUGCAUCUUUCCGCUGAGGAAAAGGCAUUGAUUGCGAAACGUGAUGCUAAGAUCUCGCAUUGUCCUGCGUCAAACUCGGCGCUGGGUUCGGGUAUUGCGCCUGUGCGCUCUUUCCUUGAUCUGGGUAUUACGGUUGGUCUUGGGACUGAUGUUAGUGGUGGGUAUAGUCCUAGUAUCCUUGAAGCUGCUAGGCAGGCUUGUCUUGCUUCUAGAUUGUUGGGGCAUACGGGGACUUUUGAGAAAGGAUUUGAGUGUGGGCAUUCCCAUUCGCAUGGAAAGGAUGGUUUGCAGAAGGAAAUGGAAGAUGAGGCGGCGCGUGUGAAACUUUCCGUUCCGGAGAGUUUGUAUCUCGCUACGCGGGGUGGUGCUGCCGUUGUUGAUAUGGCGGAUGAUAUUGGAGGCUUUGAUUUGGGGAUGUUGUGGGAUGUGCAGUUGAUUCAGCUUGGUGGUGUUAAGGGGUUACAGGAGAGUCCUUUGGAUGGGGAUUAUGGGGAUGGAUUGGUUGAUCUUGUUCGAUCUGGGCCUGUGGGUAAUGUUGAUUUGUUUGGAACUGAGACUUGGGCGGAGAAGAUUCAGAAGUGGGUUUGGGGUGGUGACGAUCGGAAUGUUAAGGCUGUUUGGGUUGCUGGACGGUUGGUUCAUACUAGAGGGUGA